AUGAUGGGCACCCCCGCCCAGCACGGCCGCUGGCUAGUCCUGCUGCUCCUCUGGCUUUGCGCGACUGUCAGCGCCAGCAGCAUCAUCCCCACCGCGGCCUCCUCCUCGUUCCCCCAGUGUGGCCUGUCUUGCACGCUUCUCACCCAGGCCCAGGAUAGCUGCAUGUCGGGCGCCGCGUCCAGCUGGGUCUCCUGUUUCUGCCAGUCGGCACUCCUCACCUCCCUCAAGUCCUCCGGCAGCCUUUGCACCUCCUGCACCGCGUCCGCGGACCAGUCCCUCCUCUCCACAUGGUACAACAACUAUUGCAACUCCGGUGGCACAGACACCGGUGCAUCCACCACCACCACCAGCAGUAGCAGCAGCACUACAUCGACGAGCACGGCGACGGCCGCGGUCACUGCCGGCAAGAGCACCACCAACUCAUCGACCACGGACGAGAAGAAGUCUUGGUGGAGCGCCCACUACCAAUGGGUGAUCAUGCUCAUUGUCCUCGCGAUCGGCUUUAGCGCCCUCGCCGCCGGGGGUGUCUGGCUCAAGCGUCGCUACGACGCCAAACGGCCCGGCCUGUACCAUGGCGGCAGUGCCAUGGGCAGCAGCUCCGGCGUACUCCGUCGCAACUCCAAUUCAGGGGUUCUGAGCCCCCCGUCCGCUGCCUGGGCAUCGCCCGCCGUCCCCGGCCAGUCGCAGUCGCUCGCCAGCAGCUCCCGCACGGAAGUCGCCCUCCAGGGGAACCCAGCUUUGCCACCAGGCAGUCGCACGCGGCUGCAGAAGCCGACGCAGUCGGCAGCGGAUGUGGAGAUUCGACAGAUCUCGCGCCAAUAG